AGUGCUACGAGCUCGCCUGUGGCCGCCCUUCCCCCACUUCAGCUGCGAGUCGGUGACAGAACCCCAGUCUCCGCGCGUCUUCACCGCCCCGCGCCGUGACCGGGCGUGGCACUAAACCACGAGUGGGAACUGUGCCCCUCCAGGUAUGAGAGGGGGCUGCCAGUUCUGCCUUCACAGUUCUCUGCCUUUACCCCAAACUGCAGAAAAUGAACCAAUCCCAGGAAUCAGUUUCAUUCAUGGAUGUGACUGUGGACUUUACCCAGGAAGAAUGGGAGCAACUGGACCCCUCUCAGAGGAUCCUAUACAUGGAUGUGAUGCUGGAGAAUUAUAGCAACUUACUUUCAGUGGAAGUGUGGAAGGCUGAUGACCAGAUGGAGCGGGACCAUGGAAGCCCAGAGGAGCAAGCAAGGCAAUUUGUAAUCCUUAAGAACCAAACUCCAAUUGAGGAAAGAGAUAAUCUUUUUGGAAAAGCACUUAAUCUGAAUACAGACUUUGUUUCUUUAAGACAGAUACCCUACAAAUAUGAUUUAUAUGGAAAAACUUUGAAAUACAAUUCAGACUUACAUAAUAGCAGUAGAAACUAUGCAAGAAAGAAAGCUGAGGAGUAUAAUGGAUUUGGAAAAGCACUUCUUUAUCUUAAGCAAGAGAAAACCCACCCUGACUUAGAAUACUCUGACUAUAAUAAAAGUGGAAAAGCCUUCAGCCAUAAAGAAGCCAUUUUUAAACAUCAGAAAAUUAAAAAUUUAGUUCAACCUUUUAUUUGCAAUUACUGUGACAAGGCCUUCUCCUUUAAGUCACUCCUUAUUAGUCAUAAGAGAAUACAUACUGGAGAAAAACCAUAUGAAUGUAAUGUAUGUAAGAAAACCUUCUCCCAUAAGGCAAACCUCAUCAAGCAUCAGAGAAUUCACACUGGGGAGAAACCCUUUGAGUGUCCUGAAUGUGGAAAAGCUUUCACUCACCAGUCAAACCUCAUUGUACACCAGAGAGCACAUAUGGAGAAGAAGCCCUAUGAAUGCAGCGAAUGUGGAAAGACAUUUGCCCAGAAGUUUGAACUCACUACACACCAGAGAAUUCAUACAGGAGAACGACCCUAUGAGUGUAAUGAAUGCGCAAAAACCUUCUUCAAAAAAUCAAACCUCAUUAUACAUCAGAAAAUUCACACAGGGGAGAAACGCUAUGAGUGCAGCGAAUGUGGAAAAUCCUUCAUCCAGAACUCACAACUCAUUAUACAUAUGAGAACUCACACAGGAGAGAAACCCUACGAAUGUACUGAAUGUGGCAAAACUUUCAGCCAGAGGUCAACUCUUAGAUUACAUUUGCGAAUCCAUACAGGGGAGAAACCAUACGAGUGUUCUGAAUGUGGGAAGGCCUUCAGCAGGAAGUCUCGUCUCAGUGUCCACCAGAGAGUUCAUAUAGGGGAAAAACUCUGAGACUAUAACCAGGUUGCACUGUGGAAAAUCCUCCCACCAGAACCCUUCCAACCAGGGAGAAACCUUAUGAAGGUAUGGAAGAAAUGUGGGAAUUCAUACUGAGAUACAAUCUCAAAUGUAUAAAAGAUAGGAUCCCCUAAGAACAUUGUAUUAGAAGUUACAUUGAUACCUAAAGAAUACAUACGAGAAUAUAUCCAAUUGUAAAUAGACAUACUCAGCUGUAUUACAGUGAAGUUUUUUAAAAUCUUGGAUGAAUUAAGUAUUUUAAGCAACAACAUAAUGGACAGUUUCCUAACAAUUUAGUGGUUAUGUACAAGCAUGCCACAUAACACAAGUUGUGUGUUUUAAAUCUGCACAUGUGAAUUUAGCAUAAUCACUGGGAGUUUGAAAUUCUUGUCCUCUGUGAUAAUUAGGACAUAUCAAACAUUUUUCCCUACUAAAUAUCACUGUUUUUCAAUACCUCUACAACCCAGUAUGCAUUCCAAAUGAAAUAUGUAACAGAUUUUGAAGUAGCAUGUAACUUAUGUCUUUUCCUACUGCUUGCCGGCAUAUGUAUGUUGGUGUGACCAUGGUUACUGAGCUGCCUCUUCACUAAACAGAAGAUAAUGUUGAAGUUUUACUUCCCUCUGGUUUGCUGAAGAUUUCUAGAAAGAUCACUUACAUAAAUAAUCAACUGUGAUAUAACCAAGAGAUCUAGAGAGCGAAAGCAGAUGUGGGCUGUACUACACUACAGUAUGCAACACGGAGUAAGGAUUUGCCAUGUAAAGACAAUAUCCCCAUUCAUCAUGCUCUUGUAAUUUUUCAGUGGGGUAUUUACAUACAAAUGCAUGUCUAUUACCAAAAUAUUGUGUAACCCAGGAACUCCCUGCUUUUGUUACCCUGUUCCUCUUAAUAUUUUAUGAAUUGUCUACUUGUUUUUUUUUUUUGUUUUUUUUUUUUUUUUUGGCCGGGGCUGGGUUUGAACCCGCCACCUCCGGCACAUGGGACCGGCACCCUACUCCUUGAGCCACAGGCGCCGCCCUAUUUUAUGAAUUGUCUUGCAAAAAAAUGAUAGGAUGAACAUAGUUCAAAAAUUUUAGAGGAAAAAUAGACUUGUCAAGUGCUGUUUUUCAUUGCUUUUUAAGUCUUCCAUAUGUGUAACCCACUUUGAAAAUGAACUUUUGCAGUGUUCUGUUUAGUGGAGGCACUUCUACUUCCUUGAGUUUCACUACUGUCAACCUAAAACAUUUCUCUUUGGAACCUAAGAGCAUAUUAUUAUUUUUCUAUGUUCAUACUUCGUAAGUUAGACUUUACAGUGGUCCCUUCAUAUAUUUGAUGAUUAAAGUAAAAAUAUUUUUGCAUAUCUCAAAGAGUUUUACGCUUGAUUCACAAGUUCAGUCUUUCCCUAUCAAUCAUGCAUUAGAAUUAUAAAUGGCAACCCAAACUGGUCUUUUUAUUCCUCUGUUAUUUGAAGAUCGUUGGUAUGUUCUCAUCAUACGAAUGUGACUUUCUGAACAAAUUUACUAAAACAUUUAUAGCUCAUCAAGUUUGUUUUUGUAAGUUACCAUCUUAAUAACAACAGCAGGGUGAAAAGUUAAUGUAAUAUGUUGCUGUUAGAAAUGUGAAUUGUGACAACCUCCCUGGAAAACAUUGUGACUCAGUGUUUUAACAUUAAUAUCUACACUCUUCAACCCAGGAGACUCCUAGGAAUCCAUCCCUCAGAAAAAAAUAAAGUGCCAGAACUUAAGAUUGUUUAUCAAUGUAUAUUGCAGAAUUUUGGUAAAGAUCUCAAAAAAAGAAAAAGGGGGGAAAGACCAUCAGUAAGGGAAUGGCUGAAAAAAUAUGGUGUAAAAACAUACUAUAGGUCAAUGGCCACUGAGAAUAAUAUGUGGGAGCAUUAAAUUCCCCCAGGUCAGAUGAUGAAAGCAAGAGUUGGAGGAGUUGGGGGAGUGGGUGGAGAGAGUGUGUGUAGCAAUUUUUAUAAAA